CCGCGGCGCUGCCCGGCUGGUUCCGCAAGUUUUUGACAGUUUCUGAGCGGCGGAGGGCGAAGUUGGGUUGGGUCCGGCGGUGCGGAGCUGCGGCCGAAGCGCUCUGCGGAGAACGAGGCCGUCCCCGCCGGCACAAUGUCGCGGGACCCCGAGGAGGUGAACAAGCUGACGGAGAGCACUUACAAAAAUGUUAUGGAACAAUUCAAUCCAGGGCUGCGGAAUUUAAUAAAUCUUGGGAAGAAUUAUGAAAAAGCCGUGAAUGCUAUGGUUGUGGCUGGAAGAUCAUACUACGAUAGUCUCGCAAAGAUUGGGGAUAUAUCAGCGGAUUCUCCUGUUUCUAAAGAAUUAGGCCAAGUUCUGGUAGAAAUUUCAAGAACGCACAAGAAACUUAAUGACAGUCUAGAGGAAAGUUUUAAGAAAUUUCAUAAGGAAAUUAUAUCUGAACUGGAGAGGAAAACAGACCUGGAUGUAAAAUACAUGACUGCAACUUUAAAGAGGUACCAAACCGAACACAGAAAUAAAUUAGAUUCCCUAGAGAAGUCUCAGGCUGAGCUGAAAAAAAUCCGAAGGAAAAGCCAAGGAACACGGAAUGUAAUGAAAUACGAGCAUAAAGAAAUGGAGUAUUUGGAAACCGUGAGCUCUCGACAGACUGACAUUCAGAGAUUUAUUGCAGAAGGCUGUAGAGAAGCUCUACUUGAAGAAAAAAGAAGAUUCUGCUUUCUAGUUGACAAGCACUGCAGUUUUACCCAGCACAUGCACUUCUAUCACGUUCAGUGUGCAGAAUUCCUCAACUCCAAGCUGCCUGGGUGGCAGGAAAUCUGCAGCGAUGCUACCAAAGUUCCUGAAAAAGUGAAAAUGAUGAUAGAUGAAAUAAGGACACCUGGUUCCACUCCAAUAUCAGGAACUCCGCAGCCUUCACCGAUGAUAGAGAGAAACACCAUGAUUGGAAACAAUUAUUAUGCUCAUCAUGAAAAUGCAUCGAAGGUGCCCCCUGCUCCUGUCGGCAGGGCGUACACAAGUCCACUUGUUGACAUGUUUAACAACCCCACCACGGCUCCAAAGGCGUCUCCCGAGAGACCGACUAAUUCAGCAGAAAAUUCAGAUGAUGCCAGUUUAUCGCGCUCAACUUCUGUUGCCACAGGGCUGAAUAUAAUGAAAAGGCAAAAAGUGAAGACGAUCUUUCCACAUACUGCUGGAAAUAACAAGACAUUACUUAGCUUUGCACAGGGAGAUACCAUCAUACUUCUGGUAGCUGAAGAAAAGGAUGGCUGGCUUUACGGGGAACAUGAGUCAACUAAAGUAAAAGGAUGGUUUCCAUCUUCAUAUACUAGACCACUAGAAGAAACAGAAGAAAAAGCAUUUGUUCCAGUGUCAAGCGCUGCGCCAGUUAGAAGCAUUAGUUCUGUGAAUCUUGCAGAAAAAGCUGGCGUUGUCCUCCCACCGCCAGACUAUCUGGGUUCAGCUCCAGAUAAGAGAAUGGAGCCUUCCAAAGGUACUGCUGCUAAAACACCAAGCGACAGAGCAGAAGGCGCAGGUCCGAAACCCGACAUGAAUGGCAUUGUAAAACCACCCUUUCUAAGUGGAGAAAAUCCUUUUGCAACUGUGAAACUCAGACCAACAGUGACAAACGACAGAUCGGCACCAAUUAUUCGAUGAAUAUAUGAUCCAUAUAUAUAUUUCCUCCUUAUUAACGCCAUCUGCAGUAAUGACAAUUGCUAUCUAAACUUGUUCUAAAAAUUAUUUAAGUGUAAUUACUGUAAAAUAGAAUCAUACUGGUAUGGAUUUCUGAUUUUUAAAAGCAUUCUUUCUGAUGAGGUUCUUGCUUUGGGCUAAGGUUUGAGCAGUUCAGCGUGAUUCUGCAGUACGCCUCUUCCUGCAGCGGGACAGAUUUGUGGGAAUACUGGAGAUCGUUUGGAUGCUCUAGGGAAUCUGACUAACUGAAAGCUCACAAAUCUGAGUUUUUGGCAUUUGUUGUUUGGAAAUUGCCCUGGUAAGUUGUAGGAUAUAAGCCUUGCGUAUGUCACUUACUAAAUUAGAAAAGGCUGAUUUAUUUUCUAAUACAGCAAUGUACCAACUGCCUUAUUCCAGAGUAGAGAAUUGCCUGUAUACAGUGAUGAUACAUUAUUUUGUUUAAAAAGACACUCUCUGUUAUAAAUAAAUAUUUAUCCUCUAUGCAUA